UAAUAUUGCGCUUAUUUAUUAAAAGAAUACAACUUAUUGCAUCAGUUAUAUUCAAUACGAUGCGCUAGCUUUUUAGAAACGAGUUGUUCAGUGUCUGGUGAAGUACUAGGCUACAAUAUGCACAUUUUUUUCUGUUCUAUACCAACUGUCUGGAUUUUGAUUGGUAGCUUAUUUACCCUCUAAAUACAAGGAAUUUGCCCCCAAGGGUAAAGUUAAGCCAGUUUAAAAAACGCUGCAUUAAAGAUAUUUCUAUGGUAGCCGUGGUUGACAUAACAUUUCGCUGCAGUUACUACGUGUAGGCAUAAGAAGUGCUGUAGGCGCGGUAUCGUUGGCAACAACAUUGUUUAUGGCAGAGCAUACGACUAUGUCAAUAUAUGAGCAUUGAAGUGAAGCAGUCACGGUUGACGCAUAAGUAUUACAUUUAGUGGGCAGUCACGGUUGAAGUAUUUGCUUUAAAACGGUGUGAUGUUAUUGGUCAGUAUAGAUAUUCCUGUAUAGUGAGCAAAGCACUACAGGUUAGUUUGAUAUUCACAGCCGUAUAGAAAAGAACAUUUAGGGUAAAUAGAUUUUGUUUGGGUUGUAAAACGAUUGAUAGCAACAGAAAAUGUUGUGUACGAAGAAUAACACCGAAUGAAACAGUGCAAAAAUGGUGGAACGUAACUGCGAGGUCUGGAUCUAAACACUCCUGCAGUUAGCCUAUUAUCAUAGUAUACUGAAGUGUAUACUAUGCUAUUAUUGUUUAGACGCUGUAGUUGUCACGCUGUUUCUUUACAUGUCUUUGCGUCGUGUGGUUGCAGCGCAUAUAAGCGCGUUGUGAUUCGUAGUAAUAUAUCAGGACGAAAAAAAGGAAGUGUAUAAGAUGGAAUAAAUGAGAUUCGAGAGUGAAGCAAACUGAGUACUUUCAAGUCCUGCUUAUGCGUUUAUAGGAUACGAGGUACCGUCACGCGUUAAAACGCGACAAAAGAUGGUAGCAGCAAAGCAAGAAGUAGCUGCGUGUGGCGCGUAUUAUAAGCUCGCUGUUUCAUUACUUUGCUUGACUGCAAUGUUCGGAGCUCUGCCUUUGUACACCAACGUGUACUUGACGUACACACCUGGAUAUCAAUGCUUGCUGAAUGCAACUAAUCUUAGAAACAAAAGCUGGAAUACAGAAAUUAACUCCGCAAAUACAAGUGGCGAAAUGAAAACAGUUGAAGCGGACCAGAAACAGUGUUAUUUCCACAACAAUUCAAGUAACAUUUCAAGUGAUACUUUAGGCGGAAACAUGAUUGCGUGUGAAAGUUGGCGAUUCUUGAAGUCACCUGAAGUUGAAUCGAUCAGCACAGAAUUUUCGUUGGUGUGUGGAAACGCAUGGCUAUCACCAUUAAUUACUUCAGCUCAAAUGUUGGGGUUCAUGGUUGGCUCGCUUGCCGGUGGGACGUUGUCAGAUCGAUUGGGGAGACGUCCUGUGUUUUUAACGUCCAUAUUACUUGAAGCAACCAGCCUUCUGGUAGUGUCCUUAUCUUCGACACUAGCUACAGUGUACGUCAGCAUGUUUGUCAUGGGCGUUGGGAUGAUUGUUCGUGGAGUGACCGGGAUGGUUAUAAUUAACGAAAUCGUACCCAACCGACACCGAAGAGCUGUUGGAAUAUUAGCCAUGGUUAGCGAGUCGUUGUCUGGUACAUUGGUACCCCUUGUUGCUCUACUGUUGUCGGACUGGAGGUGGAUAUCAUUAGCAUCAUCUGUUUCGCUAUUCGUCGUAUCUUUCCCCGUUUUCAUUUUUGUAUAUGAAACCUUGAAAUGGCUUCACCAAACUAAUAACCCCGGCGAAAUAGAAAAAGUUUUAACAAAGAUAGGAAGAAUUAAUGGCGAGAAACCUUGCGUGGAAAACCAAGACACACCCGAAGAAACCAAUCAACUGACCACAAAAGACACAAGCAAUCAAACAAAAUCCUACAACUACCUUGAUUUAGUUAAAGUUGAUUUUAUUCGACGAAGAAUCAUCAUUCUGAGUUACGCUUGGUUUGCUGCAGAUAUGGCAUUCUAUGGUCUCACGUUCAAUGCAAACCACCUUGGGGGGAAUCGUUAUAUCAACAGCUUCUUAACAGCAGUUGUUGAGUUUCCAUCUCAUAUUAUUUGUUACUUAGUAGUGAGAAAAUACGGGUGUAGAUGUUCCUUCAUCUUCUCAGCCAUUGUAACCGUAAUAUGUAUGGUUGCUGUGCCGUUAAUGCAACAAGUGGACGUGUGGGCAAGUGUGGCAUGCGCAAUGCUGGGCAAGCUUUUCACAACCGUAGGUUACACUGUGCUGUUUAUAUUUACUGGUGAUCUGUUCCCUACCAUGAUGAGAACGCAAGCUUACGGCGCUUGUUCGUUCAUGGCCAGGUUUGGGUCGAUACUGGUGCCCUACAUUUUAUUCCUUGGCAGUACGGUUCAUCAAUCGUUACCUUACGUCAUAAUGGCCACUGUUUCGUUGUUCGCUGUUGUUGCGAUGUUUUUCCUCCCCGAAACUAAAGGACUUCAUCUUCCAGAAACGUUGGAAGAGGCGAGAUCACAGGACCGGCACAGGUUUCAAUGUACCGAGCGAAGAGACAACAGAAACUGCGUAAACAACAAUACCGUUGCAAAUUCCUAACCCUAAUGAAAUUGCAAGAAUUAUAUGUAUAGUAGGUUGGGGGAAGAUGGGACACCUUUUCAUUCUAUUUUCUCGUUACAUUUGGUAGUAAACAAAGAACAUUUAAAGAGUUAUUAAACCGUAUGCUCAUGACUCCGAAAGACCGUUGUUAAUUGUUUAAAACACGAUCACGAUAUUUGGAUAUUAUGUGUUAAAGGUGUCCCAUCUUCCACCACUCUACUAUAUAUACAACAUCCUUUACGAAUCCAACACCGUACACUGUAAAAUUAUAGACAAAAAAAUCAAAUAUAUUCGGAGAUGCAUUGUAUAUUGGGCGCUGUGAAGUAGUAGUGAAAUUUGUGCAAUAUUAAAGUUCAACUUUUAAAAUCUCCAAUUUGUGUACCAGCGCAUAUAUUUAGUGCUUACAUUUAAAAUGUCCAAACGAAUUCGCCUUUUGUGCCGAUAUGUUUGUUUGAUUUUUAUGCUUGUCGGUGGGAAUUAAAACAACUCGUGUUGCA